AUGGCAUCGGUGCGUGGCGUCGCCGUGCAGUGCCCCUCCGACGGUGAGAGCAGCUGCAGUGGAGGCAGCCCAGCCACCACUGCCUCCAGUCGCAGCGACACAGACCUCGACGGGGAGGAGAAAACUUGCGCCGUGUGUGGGGACCGGGCCACCGGCUACCAUUUCCACGUCAUGACCUGCGAAGGCUGCAAGGGUUUCUUUCGGUACAGUUCCCCGUCUCGGUUUCCACUCCUCCCCCCACUUCUGUAACCCCACUUCUGAAAAUGAUCCAGGGGGCAUUUUCCUUGCAUGCAGAGACUCAAUAUUUGGGUUCCCCCAGAAUUUUUCGCAACUGAGGUUACUGUGCUUAGAGAGACAUUAGUAUUUGAGGAUGUAUUUUAAUUGAUUGUCUGAUUUUAUGUUAAUGUGUUAUACAUUUGAUGUUAGCCGCUCUGAGCCCGGCUUCGGCUGGGGAGGGCGGGAUAUAAAUAAAAUUUAUUUUUAUUAUUAUUAUUAAAGGUAAAGGGACCCCCUGACCAUUAGGUCCAGUCGCUCAACUUGCUUUAUUGGCCAAGGGAGCCGGCAUACAGUUUCCGGGUCAUGUGGCCAGCAUGACUAAGCCGCUUCUGGCGAACCAGAGCAACGCACGGAAACGCCAUUUACCUUCCCACCUGAGCGGUACCUAUUUAUCUACUUGCACUUUGAUGUGCUUUCGAACUGCUAGGUUGGCAGGAGCUGGGACCGAGCAACAUGAGCUCACCCCGUCGUGGGGAUUCGAACCGCCGACCUUCUGAUCAGCAAGUCCUAGGUUCUGUGGUUUAACCCACAGCUCCACCCGCAUCCCCUAGAGAGACAUUAGAGAGACGUUUUUGUGUGUAGUCGUCGCUAACAUGUGGCAUUUUUUUUUAAAUGAUAUUUAUUAAGGUUUCCAAUAAAAAAACACAUCAAUAAAAAAUUAAACAUAAAAACAUAAAAAAGAAAUACACAGUUCAAAAAUACACAAUACAUAAUCCAAAAAAGAGAGGGGGAAAAAAAACAAAAGACAAAAAAGAAAACAGUUAAAAACAAUACCACCUUUUCAUCUCCAUUUUUAACUUUACUUAUUUUCUGGACCUCCUCAUACCUCCCUCUUUUGUAUUCCAGUUCAAAUUGUUUGUCCAGCAAUUUCUUUCCCUCUUUUUUUAAUCCCAAUCUUUAAUCUUAAUAUAAUAUAACAUUAAAAUUUUACCUCUUAAAAACCAGGUUUCCAUUUCCUUAAACUUUUUUAAUCCUAAUCCUUAAUCUUGAUCUAUAUAUAACUUUAAAUCCUGUACAGCUGGAAGCCACUUAUAGGCAUUUAUAGGCACACUGUAGUCUACACAUUUUUACACACAUUAGGUGGCUGCAGAAGUCAGAGAAACGCCAUGGUGCGACUGUGAGGUAAUUUCCGUUCCCGCCCCCUUGUCUUGCAGGCGGACCGUCAUCAAGGGCAUCCAGUUCACCUGCCCCUUCACCCGAAGCUGCGCCAUCACCAAAGCCAAGAGGCGGCAGUGCCAGGCGUGCCGCUACCAGAAAUGCCUCGUCGCGGGCAUGAGGAAAGACAGUAAGUGUGGCUGGCCAGUGUUCUUCCUUGCUUGGUUUUGGCCCCAGGCAAUAUCAGCAGCUCCCGGCUGGUUGCCCAGGAAAGUAUAAAGGCAAGGAAAAGUUUAUUACGGGCCUUUUUUAUUUCAAACUUUGCAGAGAGAGGCUAUAGAAUCCAGCCUCUUGGAUAAUGGUGUUGUCCCGAGUGAAUCUCCACCCCACCCAGUCUCUCCCACUUCCUCAUUCGUCACUUCUACGGCUGCCGCUAAGUGCCCUCUGUCUUCGAGCAUUUUGCUCUCCUACUUUUAAGGCUCGCCAGGUUCUGGGAGAUGGAGGGUCUGGAAUGCUUUCAAGUGACAAUGUGUCAGCCAGCUGCUGUUCUGGCUCUGCUUGCUCCUCCUCUCCCAUUACAGUGGUACCUCAGGUUACAUACGCUUCAGGUCACAGACUCUGCUAACCCAGAAAUAUUACCUCGGGUUAAGAACUUUGCUUCAGGAUGAGAACAGAAAUUGUGCUCCGGCGGCGCGGCAGCAGCAGGAGGCCCCAUUAGCUAAAGUGGUGCUUCAGGUUAAGAACAGUUUCAGGUUAAGAACAGACAUCCGGAACGAAUUAAGUACUUAACCCGAGGUACCACUGUAUUUCCUAACUUUUCCCCUCAUCUGCCUCUGAGCUGUGACCUCCCUCAAACCCCUGUUAUGAAUCUAUACUGUCUUCCUCUUCCUCCUCCCUGGAAGGGUCAGGAUGGGGAGGUGGUCUGCAGUCUCCACCACUCCUCCUCCUUCUCUGCCCAGUCCCUGACAGGCAAAUUACUGUACCAGGCAAUGCAGAACCUUUUCAAUGCAGAAACCAUCACAAUUUUCUAUAUUAAAAAAAUCACAUUCAAGGCUAGUAUCAGGAAAAGAAAUAAAGCGACGACCCUAGGGUGCUUUUGCGUGCAAGGCAAAAAACAAAAACCAAACUCCCAUUGAGAUCCUCUGAGGCAAAGGAGUGAUGCUUAGCAGGUGGGCCUCACUCAGGUCCUCAUGGAGGCCUGGCUUUCCCUGUUGGCGGUUGCUAGGCAACAGCUGCCAUCCGCACCUGUUUGGCCACUGUGAGAAAAGGAUCCUGGACUGUGAAGGCCUUUGGCCUGAUCCUGCAGUUGGACUGUUACUACUCCUAAUCUUAUGAAUUUGUUAAGUCACUUUCCCCACAGACUGACGCAAAGUGACGUAUAUUAAAAUGGAUUCAGAACAAGCGAGUAAAACCCCAACAACACGGCUAUACAGAUAAAAGGCAGGAGUAACCCAACCCCCCAUUAAAAGCAGCCACAGUGCCCCUCCUUCAAAUGAAAGGCCAAAAGCUUGGGUAAAGAGAAAAGGCUUUGCUUGACAUCUAAAAAUAGAUAAAGAUGGCGUCUGGCGUGCCUCCUUGGGGAGAGCAUUCCACAAGCUUAUGUUCUUAGGUUCUCCCAGUAAGGUCUUCUGAGGCAAGGAAGUGGGGCUGACACACACACACACACACACACAGAAAAUACAUAUGGUUGCCUGGUCGCAUCUUUGGACACUGACAGCCCCUCUUGCCACUCCUCCACUCCUGUGGCUGCAUAAUGAAAAAAACAUUAGAAUUGAUUGAAUUCUAAAAAUGGCUGACGGUACAGAGGCCAACUGUUCCCUGCCUUACACCCAGGGAUGAGGGAGAAAUUUGCUUCAGAUUGAUUUUAAAGGCAAACCCGUGUCAUUUGCACCUUCUGAAAACACUAAGGAGAGCGGAACAGAGCCAUCCUUAGAAAUUUGCGCCUCUCUGAAUUUUGCAUUGCUAUGUGUUAAGGGAAAGUGUGCCUAUAAAUGCAUAUAUUAGUGAAAUUAACAUGUAAAAAUGUGUGUGCGUGUAGAAAUAUGCUUUGAAAAAAGUCUGUAAUAAUAAUUUGAUUAUUUAUAGUAUAUGCCACCCAUCUAACUGGGUUGCACAGAAAUGUGUAUUUUAGGCUAAAUUUUGCACUAAAUGCUAAUGAAUUUUCAUGAGGAUUCUGAGUAGUAGUAGUAGUAAUAAUAAUAAUAAUUUCAAACUGAUGUGGAACUCUGGGGAACCGAACUUAAGAUUGGAUAAACGACAGAGAGAAACUGAAAUUGACACAUUCACCAAACCCUAAUUACAUCCUAUGGCCUAAACAAGUUCAGCUGUGGUGGAUUUGAAUUUUCCUACCAGAUCCCGUUUGUGAUACCCAUCCUCCAUAUAUUUGCCUAUCAAUAGCUAUUAGCGUUAAUGAAGCUGUCUGGUCAAACGCAAAAGUCAUACUAGACCUGGAAGGGGUUGUGGGGAAGAAACAGACUGGAUGGCUUCUGCCCUCAGGCCCUGGCUUGUGGAGUUCUUUUUAAUUCCUAUUACUAUAUGACCCAGGAAGCCUCUCUCUCUUUCCCCACCCCCCAAUUCUUUCAGCCUGGUCCUUUUGUCCUGCACUUAACUGCAUUCAGCAAGAGAGAUUCUCCUUAACGUUCCCUGCGUUUUGCAGGAGAGUUUCUCUUUGAAGUCCCCAAAAUAUCAGAUGCCUUCUCCAAGACCUUGUGGGACACGAUCCCAUAUAGAGAUAUGGCAGGCAGACCACUACUAUAUGCACUUUCAGGAAACAGCUGAAGGCAUGUUUGUUUUGAUAGGCUUUUCCAGCAGGAUGGAAAAGUCUCUGGCCUUAGGGGUUCAUUUUGUAUAGUUUCAAAACUCAUCCUUAUUUGUUGUUGUCAAUGUUCUGCUUUUAAAGCUAUUUCCAGCUGUUUUUAAUGGCACGUUUGCAAAUUGCCUUGUAAAAGGUGGUUCAUAAUUUAAUAAAUUAUAGUAUAAAAAGAACCCUGCUAGAUCAGAUUCCCAGCAGACGUAAAAUAUAACCGUCGGAGCUGGUCACAUUGGUAGCCCUGUCCUCUGUGAAUUUCUCCAGUCCUCUUUCAAAGCCAUCCAACCUAGUGGCCAUCGCUUCCUCUUGCAGAUGCAGCUACCACAGUUUGCCUCUGCACUGUGCAAAGAACAACAGUGCUACCUUGGUUCUCGAACGCAAUCUGUUCCGGAAGUCCGUUCGACUUCCAAAACUUUCAGAAACCAAGGCGCUGCUUGCUAUCGGUUGCAGGAGCUUCCUGCAGCCAAGAGGAAGCUGCGUCGGACGUUUGGCUUCCGAAAAACAUUCAAAAACCGGAACACUUACUUCCGGGUUUUCGGCAUUCGGGAGCCAAUUUGUUUGUUAACUAAGCUGUUCGAGAACCAAGGUACCACUGUAUUUUCUUUUGCCUGUCCCGGAUCUUUCAACAUUCAGGCUUCAUAGGUUGUCCCCGAGUUUAAAUAUUAUGAGAGAGACCUCUCUGUCCAUCCCCACCCCCCACACCAGGCCUCGUUUCACACACACACACACCCGUCAUGCCUGCUCCUCCUUGCCUUUUCUUGGAACUAAAAAGUCCCCAAAUGUUGUAACUUUUCGUCACACGGGAGCUUCUCCGGCCCUUUGUUUAUUAUUUUGGUGGUCCUUUUGGGAAACUUUUCCCAGCUCUAUAACGAUAGCAACAACAUUCAGACACACACAGACACAGACACACACACACACACACACACACACACACAGGUAAACAGCACAAGAUGGGCACUCUCAAAGGAUCUUUCGGUGUCAUCCUGAGCAGAAGAAGCCUUCAGCUUGUUUGCUUCUGCAAAGCCAUCCUCAGUAAAGAAGAAGGAUUGGAAGCAGCUGUAGGGUUGUGCGGAGAGGGAGGGGUGAGGAGGAGGAGGAGGAGGAGGAGGAGGAGGAGGAGGAGGCUGUCAGCAAAGCCGCAUCCUCUCUCCAGGGAACGAUACACUGCGCUGGAAAGCAGGGUGGAUUUGAGGCCGCCCAGCCAGCUUUUCCUCCGCAUCGACUGGCCCAAAGGGUCAGAUUUCAUUAAAAGAAACGCCAGAGAGGAGCAAGAAUAGAGUCAUCUCCCUCCUCCAGCUGCAGAAGCAAGACACUUAAAAGCAAAAAAGAGCUCCUUCUCAGAGCAGGCUGGCAGCAGAGCCAAACCAAUAAAAACAAAACAAAAUGGGCCUCUGCCUGAGCACAGAUUAAUCUGAUGGGGGCAGUGGGGUGGGGUGAGGUGUGCGUGUGGGCAGACAAUAAUCUGGUCCAGGAUGAAUCCUGCCGCACACCCCGGGGCUUUGUGGAGAGAGGAAGGAGAGAGGAGCGUCAGCGCUGUGCGAGAGACUGUCAGAGGGUGAUGCAUUGCGGUCUCCUUAUACAAGAGGGUGUUCUGUGCUGCAGUCGGACUGUGAUGUAGCCGUGGGCACACACACGUCGUUGUUGUGUGUGUGUGUUUUAAGCAGUGGCGUAGCGUGGGGGGUGCAGGGGGGGCCGGCCGCACCGGGCGCAACAUCUGGGGGUUAGGGUUAGGGGGCGCAAAUCCACGGGUUAGGGGGCGCAAAUUACUUGCCUUGCCCCGGGUGCUGACAACCCACGCUACGCCACUGGUUUUAAGAAAAGAAAUACCGCCUGGAUCUGCCCGCAAACAGCUCCGAAUCGCACCUGACCCUCUCUGCAGAAUUCCAUUAAGGAGCUUCUAGCGAGAGGCACCCCCUGUAAAGUGAAUUGAGAAGGGAGGGGGGAGUGUUGCAAAUCAAUUGGGGUUUCUCUCUGCAGAAUCUUAAGCAAGUUCAGCUGGACACUGACAGCAGGGGAAGAAAGAAAGAAAGCAGCGUUGCAAAGAGGCCGAUGCAGCGGCAAAACCUUUCUGACAGUGUUGUGCCCUGCCUGCCACAGGCGGCCGACCCCCAAGCCCAGGGAUGAUGCAACAGGGCUUAAUUUGGACAGUGGCAAAGCCCAUGGGGGUUUCAAGAGCUACAACCUAGCCAUGGAAUGUGUAAUAUCAAUAAUAAUGGAGAGUGUGUAAUAACAGAGUCGGCAUGGCGCCGUGGUUAGGAGCUGGGGUAGGGAACCACCGGCCAGGGGCAAAUUGUGGCCCUCGAGGGCCCUCUGUCUGGCCCUUGGGAUGCUCCCAGACUACACAUUUAAUCACAGGAAGCUACUGGAGUAGUCCCUAAAGUGUGUAUAGGAAUGCAUUUUACUAGGGAACUUUGCAAAAAAAAAAAAAAGUAUAUAGGGCAAAAAUCCAUAUAAACAUGUGUCUGUUAGGAGAAAUUUGCGCUAAAAUGCCGAAUUUUCCUGAGGACUUAAAAAAAGUCCACACACUACUGUGGGAAUGUACUUGAGACUGGGAAAAUGAGAAACUAAGAGAAACCAAACGCAUCCCACUCGCUCAGGGAUGGAAGGAUCAGUUCAUUCCGAUUCUCUCUGAUUUCUCAUCUUUCCCGUUUUAAAUUCAGUUUGCCACAUUUUGCAGCAAUUUGUGGGGUUUGUUUGUUUAAAUUCUCAUGAAUAUUCACCAGCAUUUUAGUGCAAAUGUCUCCCAACGAGCAUGUACUUAUAUGGAGUUUUGAUUAACGUACACAUCUUUGCCAGCAAUUCCCCCUAAUAUAAUGUUUUUUUUUGUGCGUGCCAUUUUCACCAAUAUGUUCAUGCUUCCUUUCACCCAAUAAAUCCAUUUUUUGGUUGACAAGCCGCAUAGUAAAAUUCAGUAAAAUAGUAAAAUUCAGAGAAGUGUGAAUUUCAGAGGAUGGCUGUGUUAUGGUCCAUUAGGAAACUGUAGGUUGGAAAGAUUCGGCUUCAGAGGAGACGUGAAUCAAAUCCCUCCUUCAGAGGAGACGUGAAUCAAAUCAAAUCAAAUCCCUAUACCCACCCUUACUGGUGGGGCGUUUGGUUUAUCAGGUCCCUGGUAGCUCCCUGCUCAAGGUCCACACAAGCUUCUCUUUUGAGCACUGCUUCCUUUUUGUUCCUGACACAGUGAUAAUGUCAGAGGAAGCUUUGCAUGUGCGGCGUGCGCUGAGGUGGCAGAAGAAGCACCAAGGACAGAGUCCGGCCUCAGUGGAGCCACCUGAGGAAAGCAGCCUCACACCAGAGCAGGAACAACUGAUUGAGCUCCUCACCGAAGCCCACAAGAAAACCUUUGACUCCAGCUUCUCUCAGUUCAACCACUACCAGGUGAGCUUUGCAGGAGUUCCAUACGGUUUGUUUCAGGAAUGAGGGGGGGAGGAACACCCUAUGGCCCCCCACGUGCUGCUGUUGGACCCCAGCUCCCAGCCAGCCUGACCAGUGGUCGGGGUGAUGGCAAUUGGAGCUCAGCGUCUCUUAGAGAGGGGUCCCUCAUCCCUAAAUUGAUUCAUGUACCAGGAGAGACCUACACGAUGGUUUUCAGAUGUUGCUGGAAAUAAAAUAUCACCGGUCCUAAAAUAUCUACAGUGGUACCUUGGGUUACAGACAUUUCAGGUUACAGAUGCUUCAGGUUACAGACUCUGCUAACCCAGAAAUAGUACCUCAGGUUAAGAACUUUGCUUCAGGAUGAGAACAGAAAUCGCACGGCGGCAGCAUCUGGAGGCCCCAUUAGCUAAAGUGGUACCUCAGGUUAAGAACAGUUUCAAGUUAAGAACGGACCUCCAGAACGAAUUAAGUUCUUAACCCGAGGCACCACUGUACAUUGGUUCCUAGUAUGCUUCUGAGAACAAUUCAAAGUGUUGGUGCUGACCUUUAAAGCCUUAAAACAGCCCAGUAUAUCUGAAGGAGCGUUUCCACCGCCAUCGUUCAGCCCCGAACACUGAGGUCCAGCUCCGAGGGCCUUCUGGCGGUUUCCUCACCACGAGAAGUGAAGUUACAGGGAGCCAGGCAGAGGGCCUUCUUGGUAGUGGCGCCCGCCCUGUGGAAUGCCCUCCCAGCAGAUGUCAAUGAGAUAAAGAACUACACAACUUUUAGAAGACAUCUGAAGGCAGCCCGUGUAUAGGGAAGUUUUGAUGUUUUACUGUGGUUUUUGUGGUUUACAUAAUUUUUGUAAGCCUCCCAGAGCGGUGGGGGCAACCCAGUCAGAUGGGUGGCAUUAAAUAAAUAAACAAAAAAAUAAUGAUCCUUAACUCACUGCGAUGGAUCAGGCGAAUGGCUGCCUUACAGGCCUGCUUGACCAAUUUCCAUGCAUUUCUCUUGAGGACUAGAUGCUUAGGAUCAGAAGCUGGUGGGAGAAAGAAAGCAAGCUGAGAUGGUCUUGGGGUUCAAUGAAAGGAAAUUUAUUGUGAGCCCCACUUAACCAGCGUCUCCCCUCCAGCCAGCGGUGCGUCUCUACAUCCACAGCCAGAGAUCUCACAGCCCCCAGGAUGCUGCCGUCCCUCCCAUGUGCCCCUACAGUCCUCAAGACCACAUGGAGAGCUUUCCAGAGGAGGUCCUCCCCGAUGUCUUCAACCUCUUGCCGCUCUUUGCCGACAUCAGCACCUACAUGAUCCAGCAAGUGAUCCAGUUUGCCAAGGCCAUACCGUCUUUCAGGUGAGUGCCUUGCUGUGAAUCAAAGGGUCUUUAUUCACCCCCUGCAAAGUCCUAUCGUCCUCCGGGAGUCAAUAAAGGUAAAGGGACCCCUGACCAUUAGGUCCAGUUGUGACUGACUCUGGGGUUGCGGCGCUCAUAUCGCUUUAUUGGCCGAGGGAGCCGGCGUACAGCUUCCAGGUCAUGUGGCCAGCAUGACUAAGCCGCUUCUGGCGAACCAGAGCAGCGCACGGAAACGCCAUUUACCUUCCCGCCGGAAGGUACCUAUUUAUCUACUUGCACUUUGACGUGCUUUUGAACUGCUAGGUUGGCAGGAGCAGGGACCGAGCAACGGGAGCUCACCCCGUCGUGGGGAUUCGAACCGCCGACCUUCUGGCAAGCCCUAGGCUCUGUGGUUUAAUCCACAGCGCCACCCACGUCCCUCCGGGAGUCGAUAUGUGACUACUAAUGGGGAACUCUGAUCUAAAUUAAGGAAGCUUCCAGACUGUUGCUAUUUUCGUGCGGGAGAUUCAAUCACAUACGGACAUAUUUAGGUCAUAUGAUUAAAGUCGCUCCCGUGCAUCAGACUUGCUUCCUUCCCCCCCCCCAAAAAAAUCCUUCCCUUUUUUUGCAAUAAGAAAAAGCAUUGCGGAAACACGCUGGAAAGUGGGGGAGGCAAUUGCUUGACGCAAUGUUGUCUGAACUCUCCAUGAAGGUUGUGCAAACAGAUCAGGGUGGGUGCUCAAUAAACCAGUCACCCAGAAGUGACCUCUGUCCCGUGUUGCCUGCUGAUAACUCCUAGGUGAUGAAUGCUGAAAGAGUGUGUGUAAGGCAGCCAGCUCUGCUGUAAGACAAUGAAAUUAAUCUAAGACUAAUUAUCAGUUAAUUAUGGAACUGAUUUUAAAAGGUUUGAGGUAAGGAUCGGUUAAUGGAGGGCAUCCCCUGUCUUGGGGAAGGGGAAAGAGGUUGUUUAUAUCUCAGCAGUCAGUGAUUGAUGGCUUGAAUAAUGGAUACAGGGGGAUUGAUAAUAAACAACAAAAUACUGGGGUGUGUGUGUGUUUGUUUGCUACUAUGUUAUACAUUUUUGUGUUUUCAUAUUGUAAACCACCCUGUGAUCCUUGGACAAACGGCGGUAUAGAAAUUUAAUAAAUACAGUGGUACCUCUGGUUGUGAACGGGAUCCGUUCCGGAGCCCUGUUCGCAACAUGAGCAGAACGCAACCCGCGCGUGCGCAGGUCGCAAUUUGCCGCUUCUGUGCAUGCGUGUGACAUCAUUUUGAGUGUCUGCACAUGCGUGAACGGCGAAACCCGGAAGUAACCCGUUCCGUGGGACGUAUCCUGAAAGAACAUAACCUGAACCGAACUUAACAAGAGGUAUGACUGUAAUAGCAUCUUAAAAAGCAGAGACAUCACCUUGCCAACAAAGGUCCGUAUAGUUAAAGCUAUGGUUUUCCCAGUAGUGAUGUAUGGAAGUGAGAGCUGGACCAUAAAGAAGGCUGAUCGCCGAAGAAUUGAUGCUUUUGAAUUAUGGUGUUGGAGGAGACUCUGGAGUGUCCCAUGGACUGCAAGAAGAUCAAACCUCUUCAUUCUGAAGGAAAUCAGCCCUGAGUGCUCACUGGAAGGACAGAUCGUGAAGCUGAGGCUCCAAUACUUUGGCCACCUCAUGAGAAGAGAAGACUCCCUGGAAAAGACCCUGAUGUUGGGAAAGAUGGAGGGCACAAGGAGAAGGGUACGACAGAGGGUGAGAUGAUUGGACAGUGUUCUCGAAGCUACCAGCAUGAGUUUGACCAAACUGCGGGAGGCAGUGGAAGACAGGAGUGCCUGGCGUGCUCUGGUCCAUGGGCUCACGAAGAGUCAGACACGACUAAACGACUAAACAACAACAACAUGACUGUAAUAAAAUAAUAAUAGUUCCCCCACCAUCCUCAGCCAGUCCCCACCUGCCCUGCCUUCUUGCUUUCAUCUAGAACUGAGAUCUGCCAACCAGAACCAGGUGUAAAAUAGCCACUCUGUGAACUGGGUGCCUCUGAGCACAUGCUCAGUUGAAGUAACAAGAAAGGAGAUUCCAGCUAAAUACUGUAUCAGGAAGAACUUUCUGACCGUAAGAGCUGUUUGCCAGUGGAACAGACUCCCUCAAGAAGUGGUGGGCUCUCCUUCCUUGGAGGUUCUUGUUUUUUUCCCCCCAAAUUUUUUUUAUUGGUUUUCACAAUAUUAUAAACAAACAAACAAACACACAAGACAAACAAACAUAACAAACAUAAAUCAUAGCCUUAUUGAAAAUUACCGUUAUUAACUUUGUUAAGUGACUUCCUUGCUUCCCCUUAGUUGAAUUUCAUUGCAUAUCCUUUUAACGGUUUUCCAAAUCCCAAUUUUUAUAAAAUUUAACUUAAACAUUAACAUCCUUAAAUCUUCACCUUAUAUAAUUAAACAUAUUAAUUCAUCACUUAACAUAGACAGAAUCCUAAGCCUAUUAAGUAUCUGCAAGCUGUUUGCGGUUACCGUAUUUUAACUUAACAAAUUUAACUAAAUAAUCAUUAAAUUUAUUCCAUUCUUCCCGAUAUUCCUCCUCCUUCUGGUCGCAGACUCUUCCGGUUAGGUCGGCUAGCUCCGAAAAAUCCAUCAUCUUCAUCUGACAUUCUUCUACUGUUGGUAAUUCUUGGGUUUUCCACUUUUUAGCUAACAAAAUACGAGCAGCAGUUGUGGCAUACAGAAAUAAUUUAACAUCUUUCUUGGGCAAUUCCAAACCUGUUAUUCCAAGAAGAAAGGCCUCUGGUUUCUUUAUAAAUGUAUAUUUCAACAUUUUUUUCAAUUCAUUAUAAAUCUUUUCCCAGAAGUCUUUCACCUUGGGACAGGUCCACCACAUAUGAUAAAAGGUUCCUUCCUUUUCUUUACAUUUCCAACAUAUAUUGUCACAAUUAUGAUAUAUCUUUGCUAAUUUUACAGGAGUCAAGUACCAUCUAUACAUCAUUUUCAUUAUAUUUUCCUUUAGCAAAGUACAUGCAAGUCCUUGGAGGUUCUUGAGCAGAGGCUGGGUGGUCAUCUGUCCUGGAUGCUUUAGCUGAGAUUCCUGCAUGGCAGGGCGCUGGACUUAGGUGACCCUUGGUGUCCCUUCCAACUCUACAGUUCUGUGAUUAGAACUUUCCAAAACAGUCUGCAGACCAAAAUGCAGCUAGCCUUUGAAAUUUGCACUUCUCCAAGUUUUGCAACACAGUUCUCUGGCCAAGUCACAUGUACGAAAAGCCUGACUUUAAAGGUUUAAUAAAUCAAGCAUUUAAAAAAAACAGUGAACGCAACAGGCAAAAAAGCAUUCUAUUAGGAAAAAUUGCUCUGCAAAAUUAUGUAUAUGAGGCAAAAUUGCAUACAAACGUUUAUAUUAGGAGACGUUUGCACUGUUGUUAUUUUUUAAAUAAAUUUGCAAUACUGAUGCGGAAAUGUGGAGGACGUUGGAAAGGCGAGAAACUGAGAGAAACCAGAACUGACAGAUGAACCAAUCUCUAAGUCAAGGGUGAUGGAGUAAUAGUUCAACAACAUCUAGAGCGUCACAAGCUUUCUACCUCAAGGCUAAGGAUUGGUUCCAAAACUCUGAGCCUGUCUUACCGCUUAACGUGUUUUCUCUCUCUCCCCCAACCAGAAGUUUGCCAAUCGAUGAUCAAAUCUCACUCCUCAAAGGCGCCACCCUGGAGAUCUGUCAGAUCCGGUUCAACACAGUCUUCAAUGAGGAGACCAAAGCUUGGGAAUGCGGCCAACACUGCUACACCAUCCAAGAUGGCGCCCUGAGUAAGUCACAGGAAGUCUAGAGAGUCCCACAACUGCCAUGUGACUGGGAGCAGGGCACAUUCCAUGGACUCUCUCAGGCUUGACUAUAAGAGCUCCCUGCUGGAUUAGGGCCACAGUCCAACUUGUCUAGCAUCCUGUUCUCACAGUGGCCAACCAGAUCCCUAAUGAAAGCCCACAAAUGAGAUCUGAGUGGAAAAGCACUCUUCUCACUAGCGAUUCCCCUCCUUUGGUAUCCUGAGGCAGGCCACCUUCCAAGCGUGGGGACAGGACACAGUCAUCACGGCUGGUAGACAUUGAUAGCUUCUUCCUCCAUGAAUAUGUUCAAUUGUUUUGUAAAACCAUCCAAGUUGGUGGCUGUCACUGUGGGCCACGACUGGCCCAGCCCAUUAGCAUUUUUAAAACUUCCAAAUAUCAAUUUCCUAGCCUCUUUGCUAAUUGUACAAAGGAAAGCUGUCUUGUUUUGCAGUUUCCAGGCGCUAGUACUUCCAUAAAUUUAGUAUUCAGUCUGUACAAUCCAGUUGUUAGCAUUCCUACCAAACAGAAUGUAUGGAGCACAAUUUAUGGCUGCCGUGAUUAUGCUUCCUGGGCAGGGUUAGAGAGAUUACCCUGGAAGCAGCAGUGUGGGUAGAUGAAUUCAUGGAGAAUUCACAUGAGCUAUUGUUUUUUGUUUGUUAUUAUGCUAUGCAUUUUUGUGUUUUUAUAUUGUAAACUGUCUUGCAAUCCUCUGAUGAAGGGUGGUCUAGAAAUACUACUACUACUACUACUACUAAUACGCUCCUGUUUUCUGACGCAAAUGAUGCUAAGUGGGAACAAGAGCCCUUUUGGGGCGCUGAAUUCCUUCCUGGGUUCUUUCCUGACCUGGUUGCCUUCUGGAACCAAUUUUGCUCAUGGGGUUCAUACAACCAAUCUAGCAAGAGACCCAUAAUUGGAUUACGUUGUGUGAAUGCUCCCUCCUGUGGUCAGAGGGGAGUAUUUAGCACAGCAGAGGAUCCUGGAGGGGCCAGUCCUGUGACCUCAGAUUGGUUCCUUCUGUGGGCAAACUGUUCCACUAUGCUACAUGCCAUAAGCAUCACAGGCCCACAAUACACAGAGACCCACUUUAUCAACAUCCCUGUCUUCUCCUCCAGCUGGAUUCCAGCAGGUCUACCUGGAGCCAUUGCUGAAGUUCCACAUCAGCUUGAAGAAGCUGAGGCUGCACGAGGCUGAAUACGUUCUGCUCCAAGCCCUGGUGUUGUUCUACCCGGGUAAGUCCUCCGCAUCCCAGUAGUGGCAGAUUGCACCAUCACCACCCUUUCUGAAAGGCAGGAGGUUUCCACGCCUGCUCGGUUAGAGUAUUGGACUAAGACCUGGCAGGUGAAAAGGUAAAGGAACCCCUGACUAUUAGGUCCAGUUGUGACCGCCUCUGGGGUUGCGGCGCUCAUCUCGCUUUAUUGGCCGAGGGAGCCGGCGUACAGCUUCCGGGUCAUGUGGCCAGCAUGACUAAGCCGCUUCUGGCGAACCAGAGCAGCGCACGGAAACGCCGCUUACCUUCCCGCCGGAGCGGUACCUAUUUAUCUACUUGCACUUUGACGUGCUUUCAAACUGCUAGGUUGGCAGGAGCAGGGACCGAGCAAGGGGAGCUCACCCCCUCGCGGGGAUUUGAACCGCCGACCUUCUGAUCGGCAAGUCCUAGGCUCUGUGGUUUAACCCACAGCGCCACCUGCAUCCCUCCAAGACCUGGCAGACCAAGGUUCAAAUCCCCACUCAGCCAGGAAGCUCACCGGGUGACCUAGUCGCGGCCUCUCAGCCUGGCCUUCCUCACAGGGUUGUUCAGAGGACAACAAUAGAACCGUAUACACCACCUAGAGCUCGUUGGAAGGAGAGGUGGAAUAAAAAAUGCCUGUCUGUAUGCGGGUGUGCUUAUAUAUCUGUGAUUAAACAUAAAUAAAUAUUUUUUGUUAACCGCAGUAUCAUACAGGCAACGGCCAGUCAAUACACGUCCCAUUGGUGUGUGACCGCACGGGCGUCGCACCAAACCUGGAAGUGUCUUUAAAAAUGGCAAAAAUGGCCCUAAAAGAGCCCAGAAAAGGGGGAAAAGGCGCUUAGCAAUCCUACAAGCCUUUGCAAGUGCAAUCCCAUGAGCCUUUGCACUGACCGUUGAGGCCCGUGGAGAAUUGGGAGUUUGAGUGAGGAGGUUGGGAGGGAGCGAUGGGGGUGUUUGCAGGCUUCCCCAAUGGUGUUCCCAAUAUACGUAGUUUCAGUUAAACGUGGUGCCUCGUAACAUAACCCCUUCGUAAAUGGGGAGUGGCCUGUAUCUCUUAUUCCCGUGAUUAACUGAAUCUCAAAAGGGAUCCAGAGAAAACGUGGGUGAAGUGCUGUUUGCUCAUAUGUGUGUGUGUGUGUGUGUGUGUGUGUGUGUACGUACACACACACACACACACACACACACACAGCACAGUAUGUCGACCUCAUUCUUUAUUUCAAGAAGUCCGGCAUUUCCAGACAAGGGCCUCUGGGUGCAUGCAGAGUACAUCUUCCUCAAGAGGGGGACGUUUUUCUAUGUGCCUCUGAGCAUGCACUAAGUAGCAACCCAUUUGGGUGGGUGGGGUUUGUUUGUUUUUUUUGCCAGCACUCCCUUUGGGUAAGAGGGGAAUUCCUCACCCUUUGCCCCAUAUCUCCUCUGCCUUGUCUCUCACUGCCCAAGCCUGCGACUUUGCAGACCACAUGGACGUCACGCAGCGAGAGGUGAUUGACCAGACCCAAGAGAAAAUCGCUCUAACUUUAAAAAACUACAUUGACCAGCGACAUGCUCUGCCCGAAGGAAGGUGAGCAGGGAACGUGCUUUGUGGUGGGGGAGGGGGUGCUCUCUACAAGGGGUGGGCAAUCUGUGGCCAUCCCGAUGUUGCUUUGGGGCUUCCAGACGGGCUCUUUAUUUUGCAAAUGUGAUUGUUUUCGUGCAACUGACCACACUCCCUGCUUUUUUAGGAUUGCCAUAGGUGUUCUGCUGUAGUCAGUUUUUCACAGAACAUUUCUGUUACGUAUUUUCUGACCUGUCCCAACAGUUACUACUUCUCCACUCUCUCACCAACUUUCCAGCCCCUAGUUAUCAUGCUUCACAAUGGGCAAAAUGAAGGUUUGUGCUGGUUGUGUGUGCUGCAAUUCCCAGAGUGCUUUACCAAUCAAUCCCUCUUCCGAGGGGACUCUGGGAACUGUAGCUCUGUGAGAGGAAUAGGGGUCCCUGAACAACUCUUAGCACCAUAGGAGCCAACUCCUAGGGGCCAAGGUCCCUUCACCCCCCCAAUAAAACAUUUGAAGGGGCCACCCACCCAAAGUUGGCGGGCGUUGCCAUUCAAAUGGUGUGUGUGCAUCACGUUCUGUGAUUGAUUAUGUGGGGCGGGGCUUACCUGGGGCCCUCCCCAUAUUUUAUUCAAGUUGGCACCCCUGCUCAGCACAAACUACAUUUCCCAGAAUUCUUUGGAGGAAGCCAUGAUGUCUUAAAGUGGUAUGAUACUGCUUUAAAUGUACAGUGUGGAUGGAGGCCUUAGUCUUUUAAGAUCCCUUAAGCAGCCUUUGCUUCCCCCAAUGAAUCCUGGGAACUGUGGCUUAUUAAUGUUAUGUACUGAAGUUCUCACCCUGGGCCAGCAGGGGGAUACUGUAGAUAGUUAUGCAAAUGAAGGAUUGAAAGUGACGUUCAGUGAUUGGAUAGUUUUUAUGCAAAUGAAGGAUCAAAAGUGACGUUCAGUGAUUGGAUAGUUUUAGAAAGUUGCUGCAGUAACGUUGUACUGGAGCUCUAUAUAAGCAGGCUGACUGAGCCCUUCAGUUCAGUUCUGUUCUGGCCUCUGAAUAAAGAAGAGCUGUUUGAAGAAUCGCUGUGUCGUCUGAUAUGUUCACCCACAACUAAACAAUUAAGGGUGUUGAGAAUUGUUAGGAGACCCCCUAUUCCCCUCACAGAGCUACAAUUCCCAGAAUUCCCUGGGAAGAGGAAUGGAUAUUGUUAAAUCCCUCUGGGAACUGUAGCUGCGAGGGGGUCUCCUGAACAACUCUCAGCGCCCUUAGCAAGUUACAGUCCCCAGGGUGAUUUGGGGGGAAGCCGUAGUUGCUUAAAGCAACGUAACUUGAAUGUGUGGUGCUGAUGGGGCCCUAGGUGGUGCUCAGGCAAGGAGCAAAUGGAAAUUUGGUGUGUGUAAUAGAGAGCACCCACUCAAAGUAUCAGGAACGACAAGGACUGAUGGCUGCCUCCUUCUCCCUUCCACUUCUCCAGGUUCCUCUACGCCAAACUUCUCUUGUUGCUGACAGAGCUGAGGACGCUGAAAGUCGAAAAUACGCGGCAGAUCCUCCAUAUCCACGACACCCAGGACCUCAACACCAUGACGCCACUGCUUUCGGAAAUUAUCAGCUGA